CAUAGCCCUGACGUCAUGUCAUCACGAGGCCGGUGGUGAAAAGCGGAAGUUGAGCCACAACAACAACAAGAGCUGCCAGACUUCUUCUGGAAAAGACCACAAGGAAGCAAAACAUUUAAUUCGUUUGUUUAUUUGGUGCCACAAACCUGUGGCGGUCAACACACAUUGUUUUCGUUGACGUUCGGCGCAAACAUGUCGCUGUUCAGUAGACUAUUCGGCGUCAGCAACAAGGCAGGCAAGUCGCCCACACCCCAAGAAGCUGUUCAGAAACUACGAGAGACCGAAGAGAUGUUGACAAAAAAACAAGAAUUCUUGGAGAAGAAAAUCGACCAGGAGACGAUGACAGCCAAAAAGCACGGCAUGAAAAACAAACGAGUGGCGCUGCAGGCCCUAAAGAGGAAAAAACGUUACAUGACCCAGCUGCAACAGAUCGACGGCACCUUGUCCACCAUCGAGUUCCAGAGGGAGGCGCUAGAGAACGCCAACACCAACACAGAAGUGCUGAAGAACAUGGGCUUUGCUGCCAAGGCCAUGAAGGCCGCACACCAAGACCUGGACAUCGACAAAGUGGACGACCUGAUGGACGACAUCACAGAACAGCAGGAGAUCGCACAGGAAAUAACAAACGCCAUUUCCUCUCCCAUCGGGUUUGGGGACGACGUGGAUGAGGAUGAGCUACUGGCGGAACUGGAGGAGAUGGAGCAGGAAGAGCUGGACAGAAAUCUUCUGGAAGUUGAAGGAGCAUCAGACGUUCCUCUGCCAAACGUUCCGUCUGCAUCACUGCCAUCCAGACCAGCCAAAAAGAAGGAGGAGGAAGAUGAGGACGACAUGGCUGACCUGCAAGCUUGGGCCACCAACUAAACCUAACAGGCCACGCUAGCCGGUGUCCCUCCACUUGUCCUCGUCCUCACUCCCUGCCAAGAGGGACCUGGACUCUGGGCUGCUGAGCUGGCACGCUGCACCAACGCCCGUACCCCUUUCCUGAAGUAUACACUCGUGCACGUGAGAAUAAAAGAACAAGAAGAUCUUUA